AUGCUAUCUGCUUUUCCGGUUCUGACGGUGGAGGAGUUCGAUGCAGCUUGUCGAGCGCUGGUCGAAAUGGCCCCCAAGGAAGGGGGCUGGUCUAUGAGACUCGUCACAACGGUAUCCCUGCCCUCUCAUGCAUCUACUGAUGGGGUUUUCUUUGGACCUGGAAGGCUGAUAGGAGUGUUCCUUUUUUUUUUUUUUUUCGAAUUCAACUCUACUAGACAAAUGGUACCAGCCUCAAUAUCACACAAUGCAUCCCGGAGGUCCCGGGCGAACAACUGGCCGAUCCUUCCCAAGAGACUUUGGAACAUGAUCCGGUCUGCUAUCUUUGCUUCAAGGGAUAUGUCUACCUGUCCUGACUCUUCACCGCAGGAAGCUCUCAUCCGUGAUCCCAGCCCCAGUUUACACAUAGACUAUAACAUCCAGCUUUCGCCCACAUACCGGGUCCCCGUCUUAUAUUUUGCAUUGCGGUCAACCCACGCCCCACUAGGGUUAGAUGCGGUCUACCAAUAUGUGGUACCAGAGCAGUAUAAGAAAGAACUCAAGAGUGUGGGAGUAAUGGGUGGGAUCAGUUUCGGCUACCAUCCAGAUUCUGGUGCCCCGGCCUUUUUCGUCCAUCCAUGCAACACGGCGAAUGCCAUGGCGCAUACUGCGGACGCACAGAGUGUCACUCCCGCGAUAUACCUUCUCAUUUGGCUUGGUCUAGUGGGUCAUUGCGUGAACCUGCACGUCCCACGCGAGUUUUUUGCCCAAGACGGGACCAGCCCGGCCUGA